AUGAAGGUUACCCAAGCUGUCCUGGCCACUGGCCUUAUUGGCCAAGCUGCUGCAACGUGGAACAUGUUCGGAAACCCAUUCAACUCGCCCAGCUACAACAACAACGAAUGUAGCGAUAAACAGAAGAGUGGAUUCGACUGGUCCGAUCUCAAAGACGGCGAUUCCGACUUCAGCUAUGGCGACUUUGACUUCACUGGGGGCUGGAAAUGCUCCAACUCCUUCGGCAAGCGCGACGCUCUCAGCAAGCGUACGUUUGGGUCCAAAUGCAUCAAGAACAAGAUCAGCAAGGAGAAGCCAGCGUCUUUUGGCUGUGACAAGCGAAAGUUUGGCUUCUCGAUCACGCACAUCGAUGUGUCUGUUGAGUAUGAUGUAGACCUUGAGUUGCACUACAAGAUGCCCACUGGCGAGAUCUGUAGGCAGGUUGCUCCCUGCAGCGCCUCCGGAUCUACUAUCCAAAACACCCAGUGUGGUGGUGCAAAGUCGGUCGACGUCUAUCUUCCCAAGCACGAUAAGUCAGACAAGGAGUGCGAGAUUGGUUUCCACAACAUCGGCUUUGACUGUAACCCUGGCAAGGGCUACAACCCUCCGUCUCCCCCCGAAGUACCUUCAUCUUCCGCACCAGUUAUUUCCCAGCCUGCUACCACUCCGGUCGUUUCUCAGCCCACUUCUUCCGCACCACCAAGUACCACAUCGUCCUGCAAUGGCGACGAAUGCAACACGCAGCCUCCUGCGACUUCGAGCGCUGCUCUUCCUUGCGAUGGCGAGUACUGCGCGUCCCAGCCACCAGCAUCUUCUGCUCCUGCUUCUUCUGCACUCGCAUCCUCUGCUCCCGCAUCAUCCAGCGCUCCUGCGACUGAGGUCCCUGUCUCGUCUGGUUACGAUGUGCCCCCAACUUCGCCCCCGUCUCCUCCUGCCUCCGAGACGCACGCUUCAUCCGUCCCUGGAAUUUCGAGCCCCCCUGCUACUGAGACUCCUACUGCUCCUUGCUCUGGCGGUUACGGAGAGUCUUGCGAAGGCACUACCGCUGUUUCCUCAGCCCCCAUCGAGACACCUUCCUCGGGCGUUCCGGCUACAUUUUCCUCCGUGCCUCCAUUCACCAACAGCUCCGCUCCUGCUUCAACUGUUCCUCCCACAUACGAGACUAGCUCUACCGCUUCUCAACCUCCGGCCUCUGAGAGCGCCACUGUUCCUGCAUGUGACGGAAGCUAUGGAGCGUCGUGUGAGGGCACCACCGCAGUCUCCACUCCUCUUGCUUCCAGCACUAUCAGCCUUAGCACUGGUGUUUCCCAGCCUUCCAGCCCCAGCUACCCACCUGUCAGUCCUCCUGAUGUUCUGCCCAAGUGCAUGAACACUUGGCUCGAGGUCUCUGGUGACUGCAAGAACAAUGCGGACGCCUCCUGCUACUGCAAGAACAAGGAUUUCACAAAGCAGGUCAUUGACUGCGUGUCAGCUUGGUGCGGUACCGACGACGAGACCCGUGAGGCUCUUCAGUACCUCAUUGGUAUUUGCGCCGAGCACGUUCCCGAGAACCCUGGUCUCGUCACCGACUGCCCGUCGUACAUCCCUCUGAACCCCACACCUGCUACGCCCACAGCCCCCGCCGGCGGUGUCAGCACCCCUGCUGGUGAAGUCGGCACCACUGCUGCUCCUGGGACAACCCCGGCACCUGAAGUCCCAUCUGGCGGUGUCACCAGCGAUGUGCCUGCAGAGACGCCUGCUGUAGAAACUCCUUGCACGACCAUCAUCUAUGGUGCCACAACACUCACCAUCCCACAAGUCCACUUUACCACGCAGACCAACGAGUCUGGUGCAACACCAACUGAGCCUGUAGGACUGAUCCCCGGCACUGUGCCCGCUCAGACUCCUGCGAGCACUACUGCUGCGCCUUACCCCGUCUCUGGCACUACACUUGCCACAUUCAAGCCCACUGGCACUGGAGCUUACAGCCCAACUUCGCCAGCUGAGUUCACUGGUGCCGCAGCGCCCUUCAAGCCCAAGGCCCAGCACGCCAUCCUGGGUGCGAUGCUGGCCUUCCUUGUCUUGUAG